AUGGGUUUUGUGGGCGUUACCCAUAUCCACACUUCCGUAUUCUUCAUCGAAAUUUACGAUGAUGCCGGCGAGGAAGAAGACAAUAAGGCGGACCGCAUAUUUCGAGAUAUCGAUUUUGCCUUUUCCGAUGAUUGCAGCCCCAUAUGUUUUGGGAUAGUCGGCUCUUGCAAAGGCCUUCUGUGCUUAGCCAAUUCGUCCUAUGGCUAUCCCCGCCCAAGAAUCUACCUUUACAAUCCCUUUACAAAGACCUUCAAAUUGCUGCCAAAGAAUCAUCUAAUCAGUAAGGUGGAUUGUCGAGAUGAAUCCAACAAAUCCGUGCUUGGGUUCGGAUACAAUCUUUCCGCCCGGGACUAUACUGUGGUGAGUGUGGAUUAUAUGAAAAUUUCUGAACAGGAGGAGAAAACGAAAACGAAUGCGUAUGUGUAUACUUUAAAGAGUAACACGUGGGAAAGGGCCGAGAAUGUGCCGGUUCAUAGGUUUGGCGAAAAAUUCCCUGGAGGGGUUUUGGCGGGCGGGAGGCUGCACUGGUUGAGGAACGAUAAGUGGGGAAUUGUUUCUUUCGACUUGGCGGACAAUUUUUACCGGGAGGUCGAGAUGGAUUUGCCAACGAUAGUCAAAAACUCGGUCCAUCCGCUGACUAGGCGGCAUUUUCUCCACAUUGCAGUUUUAGGGGGAUGCCUGUCGCUUGCGGUGGACGAUAGCUUCCAGAUAGUGAUUUGGGGCAUGAGAGAGAAAAAUGGGGAUAUUCUUCUGCAAUCUACUUUUUCGGGUUGGUUAGCUAUAAUCCACGCGAUGGGACGUGAAACUAACGCAGAGAAAUCAGCAAAAUUCGAAGAUUUCUUAAGCUCCCUACCACAAGAGAUCAAGGCCGGGAUUCUAUCUCGACUGCCAUUGAAGACGGUGGCUCAAUCCAGAGCCGUCUGUCCGGCGUGGAACUUGAGUCACGGCGACCCGUCUCUCCUCGAUAUGCUUAUUUCCUGCAAAUUCGCUCUUAAUCGGACAUGGGUUUUUCUGGGCGUUCACCGUAUCCACACUUCCGUAUUCUUCACCGAUCUUUAUGAUGAUGCCGGCGAGGAAGAAGACAAUAAGGCGGACCGCAUAUUUCGAGAGAUCAAUUUGCCCUUUUCCGAUGAUUGCAGCCCCAGCAGCUUUGGGAUAGUCGGCUCUUGCAACGGCCUUCUGUGCUUAGCCUAUUCGUCCUAUCCCCGACCAAAAAUCUACCUUUACAAUCCCUUUACGAAGACCUUCAAAUUGCUGCCAAAGAAUCAUCUGAUCAGUAAGGUGGAUUGUCGAGAUGAAUCCUACAAAUCCGUGUUUGGCUUCGGAUACAAUCCUUCCGCCCGGGACUAUACUGUGGUGAGUGUGGAUUAUAUGAAAAUUUAUGAACAGGAGGAGAAAACGAAUGCUUAUGUGUAUACUUUCAAGAGUAACACCUGGAAAAGGGCCAAGAAUGUGCCGGUUCAUAGGUUUCGGGCAACAUUCGCUGGAGGGGUUUUGGCGAGCGGGAGGCUGCACUGGUUUAGGGACGAUAAUUUGGGCAUUGUUUCGUUCGACUUGGCGGACAAUUUUUUUCGGGAGGUCGAGAUGGAUUUGCCCAUGAUAGUCAAAAACUCGGUCCAUCCGCUGUCUAGACGGAAUUUUCUCCACAUUGCAGUUUUAGGGGGAUACCUAUCACUUGCAGUGGACGAUGGCUGCCCGAUUAUGAUUUGGGGCAUGAGAGAGUAUGGGGUGAAGGAGUCUUGGGCGAGGAUGUAUACUCUCGGAGGCUCGUUUUACGAGGAGUAUACUUAUUUCGGGGGCUGGAAUUGUAUUCGUGUGUUGGGUCUCAGGAAAAAUGGGGAUAUUCUUCUGGCAAUCCAACUUGUCGGGUUGGUUAGCUAUAAUCCACGCGAUAGAGCGGUCAGCUGCUGUGAACAAUUUGUCGACGUUGUGAACCACUUUUGUACCUUGGUGCCAAUAAUUCUGAUAGCUGAAGUGAAAACAGGGGAUCUUGUUUGCACCAAAAUGGAUAUCUUGAAUGUCAGAAUGAGAAUUAAGGGGUUGUAUCCACCAAUCACCAUAAAAUAUGAACUCAAAGCUUCAAGCCUUAUUGAAGCCUAUGAAACAAAGAACAUAACAAGAGGUGUUCCUCAAUGUUGGACUAGUGAGCCACCAGUCAAUCAUCAUCUAAAGGUUUUUAGGGUACCAUUGCUUGGUUCAGGAACACCUAAAGCCCCAUCAGAGGUAUUGUAUGCUAUUGCAAUACAAUUCAAGGGUUAUCUUUAG